AAAGCUACGUAUUAUUUUUGAUAGGAGGAAUUACAGUGUUAGGUUAGUAUCUGUUUGAGGAAAAUCAAGUCUGGGACUCGACCUGAGGACCAGGUGCGUUCCACCUGCUUCUCACUUUGGAGAAGCGUGGCCGUCACUGCAGCCACAUGAGGGAAUGCAUAAAGCUACGUAUUAUUGAUAUUUGUGUUGUUGCCUUUUUUUUUUUCUAAUUUUUAUUUAUUGGCAGCUGAGAAGCAAUUUAAGGAAUCUAAAUUUUUAUUUUUGGUUGAAAAACUUGAUUCGAGAACAUUUUUUUAGCAAAGAAUGACUUACAGGACAACCACCAUUAUUGAAAAGAAAGCAUCUUUCUGUGUUAGAUUUUUGACUGUUUAGUUCCGAAAUUUAUAUGGUUAUAAUUGAGUUUUUUUUCCUUUUUUUUUUUUUAUUUUAACUUUGAAAGCUUGCUUUUAUUGAUAAUUACAUAAUACACUGCAGUAUUUUUUACAUUUUUCUGCAUUUGACACAUGGUAGGAUUUGGUAUGGCUGUCAUCAGAAGGUAUUAUUAUCUGGUCCAGUAGUAGUUUUCUACGCUAUGGCUUCAUCAUGUUACAAGCUCUUCCUAGCUUCCUACGGUACUCUUUUGGAUGUUUAAUGUUCUUUCUGUGGAAUGGUAGAGAACUACAAGCAUUUGACUUUGUUUGCUGCCUAAACUAAUUUUAGGUGCCUUGGUUGAAUGCAUACUGAUUGGGUAUUGCAUUUACUCAUCCAUGUGUAUUUGUGCGUAAUGUUACUUGUGACUUAAUCUCAUUCAUGGUUUAGAGUUAAGUAACUAUUAAUUUUAUAAGCCUUGGAGUGGUUUGAGUUUGAAAGGCGGGAUUGAUUUGUGGAGUGGUUUGAGUUUGAAGGGUGGGAUUGAUUUGUGGAAAGAUUUUAUGUCUAUCACCAAGUAUUUUAGUUUUGGUUUUUCUCCAAUAAGGUUGCCUGUUUAAGAUGUGAGGUAAUUAACAUAUUUGGAUUUUAGCCUAUAUAAUUUUAUGGCUUCUUGGGGUUUGCCAACACCAGAUUUUUCAUGUUACUUCUGUUGUGUAUAAUACUAUUAGUAAUACCAGAUUCUUCUUGCCUUUUCUGCAUUCGUAUGGGUUUUUAAUUGUUUUGCCCUUGGUGCUUUGUCUCCAAUAAGGUGCCUUGCUAAUGAAUAUUGACAUGUUCAUGUGCUUUUUAUGACAUUUUAUGCAGUGCAAGUAAGGAAUUGAAGACUGAAAAUUGAGAAAGAAGAUAGGCCUACCAAAAAAGUUUACAAGGGUAAAUGCAAGAAUUAGCACGUGUUCUGAACAAAGCACUAAUCUAUAACUACUUUAUAGAAGAUCACAAUAAAAACCACUUCUUUCGGGUUUCAAGUACUGGCAUUUGGGAUGAAGGAUGUCUUUUUUGAAGUGGCUUUGGUUCUGAUCUUCAAUAUUUUAGGACUCAUUUACUGACUUAUUAUCUUUUUGCUGCAACAAGCUGAUUUGGGAUAAACAAUGUCUUUUUUCACUACUUUAGGGCUAAUUCACUGUUUUAUCAUCUCUUUGGUGUGACAAGUUGUUGAACUUUCUAUAGUUUUUUAUGAUGUAUUUAUGUUGCAAUGUGAAUUUGCAUGGCAAAUCAAUGAAACUACUAGGUUGUUUAAUUUGAAAUUUGAAAUAUGCUUCUCUGUUGCAGCUGGGCAAUAUCUCCCUUUCUUUUUGCUUUUUGCUUUUUGCUUUCUUAAUCUUAAGUCCACAGAAGGAGGAGGGCUGCUUAGGGGAUUGGGUGUCAGAUUUAUGACAUUUGGUGCAAAGAAGUCAAUGAACCUACAGCUUCCUC